ACAGACCAUCUCCACUGCAACUCUGCAUUUGCACAAUGCAUCUUGAUAUUGUCAUUCGUGUCGAUAAUUGUAAUCAGCUUUUAUCUCGUCGUCCGGUUUUCAUGUGGUUGUGCAGCAGAUGAAGCCUCUCAGGCCGUUCCCCUUCCCGCUCAACAUCGGAACGGAUAUUUGCCGGAUAUCUCGCAUCUAUGGCAUCUUGAGGAGCGAUCGGGGCAUGCGAUUUGUGAACCGCAUCUUUUCUCCAGAAGAGCAGGCGAGAAAGGAUCCCAGGCUCCGAUGUCUCGAGAAUAGCCCACUCGAUAAGCCCUUUUUGAGUGAGGGAAGCAAACACUUUCAGCCGAGUAUUGGAACAACGCCGACCAGUGAAGAAAUUGCUCAUCGGGAUCCUGAGAGAUGGGCAGCUGCUACAUUUGUUGCGGGCAGAUUCGCUGCCAAAGAAGCCGCCAUCAAGGCUCACUCCCAUCGUCGCCUCACAUUUCACGACGUCGUGAUUGAGCGCCGCGGCAGAAAUGAGGAGCGUCUAGGGAGCGGACCGCCUGUAGCACGUAUCAAGGGCGAUGAGGGCGAAGAUGAGGAUGCGAGUGCCAUGAUCUCGAUUAGCCAUGAUGGCGACUAUGCGACGGCGGUCUGUAUGGCGUAUGAUCCGAGUGUGGUGAGCGUGAGUGGUGAACGGGACGAGGGAAUAGUGCGAUGAGGAGAUGUUGACGUCUUUGGUAUACCCUAUUUAUGAAUCGAGAAGCAUUAUAGAA